AUGGCUAAACGUUUUCUGCUUCUUCUUUUUCUUUCUUUAGCUAUUCUUCUUCUUGCCGUCACCGUUACAGAAACCGAAGCUUACUCGACAACGACGCCGUUUCAUGGACACACGCCGGAGAAACACACCCACCUCCACUUCUACUUCCAUGACGUCAUCACCGGUGACAAACCCACCGCCAUAAGAGUCGCUGCACCACCCGCAACAAACUCAUCCGCCAUCUCAUUUGGUGUGGUUAUGAUCGCCGACGACCCGUUGACCGAGGGACCCGACCCGAGCUCGAAGAAAGUCGGGAGAGCUCAGGGUAUGUAUGCAUCUACGGACAUGAACAUCUUAAGCUUCACGAUGGUCUUUAACUUGGUCUUCACGGAAGGAGAGUUUAAGGGCAGCACCGUGGCGAUGUAUGGAAGGAAUCCGAUAAUGUCGAAGGUGAGAGAGAUGCCGAUCAUCGGAGGCACGGGUGCGUUCAGGUUCGCUAGAGGCUAUGCACAGGCCAGGACUUAUAAGCUUGUCGGUUUAGAUGCCGUGGUCGAGUACAAUGUCUUCAUUUGGCAUUAA